GAAAUCAAACAACCUGUGUUCAGGGGAAGGGUUAACCAGACACAUUUGAGGUUGUAUUCGUACGACUUGCUUCGAUCCUUAUUUACAUUUCGAUAACGUCUAACCGGCUUUUAAAAGGAGUUGUAACGUUACUGUUACAGCAGGAAUCCGGCCGUAACGUUAAAGAGUAUAUUUAUGUACGUUAGCUAGCUCUCGUUAGCUGGCCGACGUAGCAUUAGCUGCUAGCGAGCUUGGGUAACGUUAACGUUACCUAUCUGAGAGCUUGAAUUCUGGAUAAGCUGUCGGUCAGUGGUUGCUCUCGGUCUGUGCAAUAACAUAUUCAGAUAUGGACUCUGCUGCCAGGCUCAAGCUGACAAAGGACAUGAAACUUCAAAGGCCUGAAGUGAAGUCAAAUGGUGACGGGCCGAAGCGGAUUCCUGUGUCACAACAGUCACAGACAUCUGUAGUUACACCAACUCCGCAUCAGCGUGUCCUGGGUGUGUCAAAUGGACCUCAGCGCAUUCAGCGGCCUGUGAGCCAUCAGAAACCAGUAUCUCAUGUUUCUGUUGCUGUGAAGUCCACACGCCUCGUGGACCAGAAUGUGAACCCUGCUACUCAGAAAGGAAAUCCUGCACCUCAGCCCAAACAUGGUUCCCAACAAAACCAGCCAAAGACAUAUGUGCCCAAGGUGAACCCGGAGCCGGCCAACCCACCGUCAGAACCUGCAAAGCUGGAGAAGCCACAGAACAAACCUGCCAAGAAUGAUUCCGCAAACUCCACUGCAUCAAACAAGCGAUGGAGCCUGGAAAAUUUUGACAUUGGCCGCCCGUUAGGAAAGGGUAAAUUUGGCAAUGUCUACCUGGCGAGAGAGCGACAAAGUAAGUUCAUCUUGGCCCUGAAGGUCCUAUUCAAGAAGCAGCUGGAGAAGGCCGGUGUGGAGCACCAGCUGAGGAGAGAAGUGGAGAUCCAGUCUCACCUCAGGCACCCCAAUAUCCUGCGCCUCUACGGGUACUUCCAUGACUCGUCUCGUGUGUAUCUCAUCCUUGAGUUUGCACCUCGGGGUGAACUGUACAGUGAGCUGCAGCGCUGUGGAAGUUUUCCUGAGGACAGAAGUGCCACAUACAUCAUGGAGCUGGCAGAUGCCCUCAAUUAUUGUCACUCCAAGAAGGUGAUCCACAGGGACAUCAAACCAGAGAACCUGUUACUGGGCGCCAACGGGGAGCUGAAGAUCGCAGAUUUUGGCUGGUCUGUUCACACACCCUCCUCCAGGAGAUCCACACUAUGUGGAACGCUGGACUACUUGCCUCCAGAGAUGAUUGAGGGGAAAACUCAUGAUGAAAAGGUGGACCUGUGGAGUCUGGGUGUCCUUUGCUACGAAUUUCUGGUUGGAAAGCCCCCCUUUGAAACGAAAAGUCACGAGGAGACAUACCGCAAGAUAUCAAGGGUGGAGUAUACUUACCCUGCACAGGCCAAUAUCAGUGCUGGAGCCAAAGACUUGGUUGCCUGCCUGCUGAAGCAUAACCCCAUGCACAGACUACCCAUUCAGGGAGUCCUGUCUCAUCCUUGGGUGGUUGAGUCUUCCAGCAAGAAGCCCACAACUCUGAACAACGUACCCAACCAAUGAGCCUUUUGUUCCCCCUCCACCCAUCAUCCAAGGGCUGUAUGUGUGGAGCAGUGCAGAACACCGGCUGUACAUAGGUGUGAAACAUUAACACCAGUGUUCAGCUGUUUAUCAGAAUCUUCUUGCACUGCUACAUUGACUACAAAACCACCUCAUGUGGAUGGUUUGUUUGUUUUUUUUGUUUGUUUUUUUUUGUCUGCAGGCAUCUUGAACCACUUUCUUUUAUUCUUUCGAGUUUCCUUGUCUUACCAGUUGCAUUCUAUUUCCUGUAAAUAUUUCACUGUUGUGUAAUUAUGACAAUUUUAUUGUGCUUUUCUAAACUUCCAUUACUUGAAAUAAUAAAUGAUCCUUCAUGGAGUAUAUUACUUA